AUGAGUACUACUUCUGAGAAGAAAGUAUCCUCGAAGGUCAAACAGGACGUUGAUACCCCUUUAGAGAGUGAAUCUGCAACUGUGGAUGCAGCAUUUAAGACCACUAUAGUAUGGGUACAAGCCAUACUUAAGGCAGUUAUAUUUAUAUCCAUUUUUGGUGCAGCUAUAUCAGCAAGAUUAUUUUCCAUUAUCAGAUUCGAAUCUAUUAUUCACGAGUUUGAUCCAUGGUUCAAUUUUAGGGCUACAAAAUAUUUGAUAAAUAACUCCUUUUAUGAUUUUCUUAACUGGUUUGAUGAUAGAACUUGGUACCCAUUGGGACGUGUUACCGGUGGUACAUUGUACCCAGGUUUAAUGACUACUUCUGCUCUUGUCUGGCACACUUUGAGAAAGAUAGGAUUACCAGUCGAUAUUAGAAAUGUUUGUGUGUUGUUUGCACCAGCAUUUUCUGGUAUCACCGCCAUUGCUACAUACUAUUUAACCAAGGAAAUUAAGGAUUCUUCUGCUGGUUUAUUGGCAGCAGCUUUCAUUGCUAUUGUCCCUGGUUAUAUUUCAAGAUCUGUGGCUGGUGCCUAUGAUAAUGAGGCUAUUGCGAUUACCUUGUUGAUGGUUACUUUCAUGUUUUGGAUUAAAGGGCAAAAAACAGGUUCUAUCUUAUAUAGUUCCCUUGCAGCAAUCUUUUACUUCUAUAUGGUGUCAGCCUGGGGUGGUUACGUUUUCAUUACCAAUUUGAUCCCAUUCCAUAUCUUCCUAUUGAUCCUUAUGGGUAGAUACACAUCCAAAUUAUAUGUCGCAUAUAACACAUGGUUCAUUAUAGGUACAGUGGCUUCCAUGCAAAUUCCAUUUGUCGGUUUCUUACCUAUUAGAUCGAAUGAUCAUAUGGCUGCUUUGGGUGUAUUCGGUCUAUUGCAAAUUGUUGCAUUGGGAGACUACGUAAAGAGUAAAACACCAACAAAGAAGUUUAGAAUUGUAAUGAUUGUUUCAUUAUUAGUCAUUUUGGCCAUUGGUGUUGCAGGGCUUUUCUUUUUAACAUAUAUGGGACUGAUCGCUCCAUGGACCGGCAGAUUUUAUUCACUUUGGGAUACUAGUUAUGCUAAGAUCCACAUUCCAAUCAUUGCAUCCGUGUCUGAACAUCAACCUGUUGCAUGGCCUGCAUUUUUCUUCGACACUCAAUUUUUAAUUUGGUUGUUCCCAGCUGGUGUAUUCUUAUUAUUCUUGGAAUUGAAAGAUGAACACGUUUUCAUUAUUGCCUAUUCAGUGUUAUGUUCUUACUUUGCCGGUGUAAUGAUUAGAUUGAUGUUGACUUUGACUCCAGUUAUUUGUAUCAGUGCAGCUGUUGCUUUGUCCAAGCUUUUUGAUAUUUAUUUGGAUUUCUCUAAGGCUUUUGAUAAGAAGGAAAGAAAUUGGACUUCUUUGGUUGCUCGUUUCGCAGUUUCCGGUUCGUUCAUCUUCUAUUUAUACCUUUUCGUUUUACAUUCUACAUGGGUUACUCAAACUGCUUACUCUUCUCCAUCUGUCGUCCUACCAUCAACUGGUCCUAAUGGACAAAUGGCAUUGAUCGAUGAUUUUAGAGAAGCCUAUUACUGGUUACGAAUGAACACUGAUGAGGAUGCAAAGGUAGCAGCCUGGUGGGAUUAUGGAUACCAAAUUGGUGGGAUGGCCGAUAGAACUACUUUGGUUGACAAUAACACUUGGAAUAAUACUCACAUUGCCAUUGUAGGUAAAGCCAUGGCUUCACCUGAGGAGAAGUCAUAUGAAAUUUUAAAGGAACAUGACGUGGAUUAUGUCUUAGUCAUAUUUGGUGGAUUAUUGGGCUUUGGUGGUGAUGAUAUAAAUAAAUUCUUAUGGAUGAUUAGGAUUAGUGAAGGUAUCUGGCCUGAAGAAAUUAAAGAGCGUGACUUCUUUACACCACAAGGUGAAUAUAAAGUCGACUCUAGUGCAACACAGACAAUGAAGAAUUCAUUAUUGUACAAGAUGUCAUAUAAAGAUUUUCCUGCAUUAUCAGGGGACGGUAAGCUUAUGGAUAAGGUUCGUCAACAAGUCAUUUCAUCAAAGGAUGUGGGCCCAUUAGACUAUUUUGAUGAAGCCUUCACAUCUGAGAAUUGGUUAGUGAGAAUCUAUAAAGUAAAGGGUGAUGAACCAGAAGGUAGAACAUGGAGAGAAGUUGGUGAUUUCGAAAGGAAACAUGCCAAUAAUAACAAGAGAAGACAAAUCGCCAAACCUGAAUUAGAUUUGAGAGUUUAA